AGAUGGGGUCGCCAGUAUUUCGUACUGUAGCAGCAAUGCACCAGCGCAAGCAGCCACCGACGCGCGACCUGGUCGACGCCACCGACGUCCCCAAGGACGACGCCGCCAAGCCCACACGCGGGCACUACCUUAGUGCGUGGGCCAUCGUCGCCUGGUUGCUUCUUCUCUAUGGCUUUGUCUUUUGGCGACACACGUGGCUGCCAUCGCCCAAGGACGCGUCGAUUCCGUUGACCGAGUUUUCCGAGGCGCGCGCCCGCCGCUUUCUCGAGGAGCUCCAGGCCAUCGAGGGCGGGUCCCGAACGCUCGGCAGUGUCGCGAACGAGGUCGCGACGCCCGCCUGGCUCUUGCGCCACCUCGAGGCCUUCCAGGCGCAGUGCGAGUCGCCGUGCACCAUGGAGAUCGAGGUGCAAAAGCCCGAAGGCGCGUUCGGCCUCAACUUUUUAGCGCAAUUUCAAAACAUUUACGCCAACGUGACCAACGUCCUCGUGCGCAUCUCGGCGUCAACGGAGGCGUCGCCGCCCAGCCUCCUCCUCUCGUCGCACUACGACGCUGCGAUCGGCGCGGCCGCCGCGUCCGACGACGGCGUCAACAUUGCCAUCAUGCUCGAGCUGCUCCAGAACGCGGUCGCGCGCCCGCCGACGUCGACGGCGCUCGUUUUCAACUUUAACGGCGCCGAAGAGACGUUCCUCCAAGCCUCCCACGGCUUUAUCACGCAGCAUCCGUGGCGCGCGUCCGUGGCCGCGUUCCUCAACCUCGAAGCCGCGGGCGCGGGCGGGCGCGAGCGGGCGCGAGCUGCUCUUCCAGACGGGCAGCGACGUGCUGGCGAUGGCGUACGCCCACGGCGCGCCGUACCCGCAUGCGAGCACGAUUGCCCAAGAAAUCUUCCAGUCGGGUGUGAUCCCGGGCGAGACCGACUACCGCACGUACACAGAGUACGGCGAUGUGCCCGGCAUGGACUUUGCCUACGUGGCCAAUGGGUACGUGUACCACACGCCGCUCGACGACAUUUCGCGCAUCCAAGCCGGCGCGAUCCAGCGCUUUGGCGAGAACGUCCAGGGCACGAUCCGUCAGCUGUUUGCGUCGCCGAGUACGCUGCGGUCCAUGGGCGCGCCGUCGUCGUCCUUGGGCGGGCACAUCUUUUUUGAUGUGUUUGGCUACCGAACGCUCACCCUCUCGACGGACACGAGCGCGCGCAUCCACGCUGCGCUCGCGAUCAGCACGCUGCUGUACGUCAGCGCCGUCUCGCAGACCACGUGGCGCGACAAGCUCCACGCGCUGCGCCUCUUGCUGCGCCUUUCGCUUGCGGGUCUCGUCACGGGCCUACUGGUUGCCGCUGUGCUCUGCCUCUACGCGCCCAUGAGCUGGUUUGCGUCGCCAACGACACGGCUCUGGGUCUUUGUGUUUCCCGUCGCGGCCGGCUUUCUCCACCAGCUGCCAUCGGACGCGAGGUCGCUCGUCGCACCGCUCGUCGAAGCGCAGAGUCUCAUGUGGCUUGUUGCGAUGGCACUGCCAAUGUGGGCCCGCGGCAUUCAAAGCAUCUACCUCGUCAUGACAUGGGUGGUGUGCCCGCUUCUUGCCCAAGUCGUGGCGCAGUCACUGCCGCAUGGCUACGCGCCCCGGGCCCACGCCGCGUUGCUGCUCGCAGGCAUCGCUGUGCCGCUAUUGCACUCGGUGCAGAUUUACAUUGUCGCGCUGCAGGUGUUCAUCCCGAUCAUGGGGCGCGCCGGCACGUCGCUGCCGUCGGACCUCGUGAUUGCGCUCCUCGUGGCGCUUCUUUCGCUGCUGACGCUCUCGGCGUUGACGCCCGUGCUCUGCUUUGUGCGCCCGCGCCACACAGCACACGCCAAGACAGCGGCCAUCGCGUUGACCUUGCUCUACGUCUUUGUCGCGUGCGUCAGCAACCCGUACUCGACCGAGUGCCCGAAGCGCGUCAUUGUGCAGCACAUUUACCGCAACUUUACGCAGCGACCGGCCGCCAACGACGCCGGGCUCUGGGUCCUUGGCUUCGACUUUCAGGGGCUCGACCCGCUCCGAGCUGCGUUUGGCGCGACACCGUGGUCCUCGGCCAUGCACGCCCCCGUCCACGACCCGUCGAUUCCGGUUGUUUACGACAACUUUCCUUGGGUCUAUCCCGUCGCACCGGUGAUGCCGCUCAAGAACACGUGGUACCUCCCGACGACCGACGUGCCCGUCUUUGCCGUGCCGACACUGCUCGAGGUCGUGUCGUCGACGGUGGACCCGAUGACGCGCGUGCGUCGUCUUCACUUGCACUUGUCGGGGCCAUCCCAGAUCAACAUGUACAUGGACGCGUCACGCACCAAACUCGCGUCGUGGUCGCUCGGCAACGGCACGGACGGCGUGCCGCCGCUGAUUGACGAUGUGUACCUCUUCCAGUUUUCCACCGGCGGCCUCGCGCCGGCGUCGUUCCAUUUCUGGGUCGAUGUCGCGACGGACGGUCCGAUCGACGUGGCGUACUGCGGUCACUACUUGAAUGGCACGACGGCCGACCUGGCAGCUGUCGCUAGCCUUUUGCCCGACUGGACGGCGCACACGGUGUUCACAUCGAGUUGGUCCCUGACGCAACUGUAGUUUGCACUUGCAACAAGAUCCAUUUUUCGAG